GCCAGAGGCACGCCGGGGCGGCCUGGAGACCUUCGCUCACGCCGGCCUUGUUAAGGGAGUGGGGUAAUGAUUUCACAUGUGCCCGAACUACCCACCUGUGUCCAAUAAUUGCCUUGCUUACUGCCUAGCCAUUUUGGUAGCUGGAGAAAAAAAAACUUUUGAAAAAAGAUAGUGGAACCGUUAACGUUAACGCUUUUUUCGCAGUCUCCGACGAUGAAAAUUAAAGUCAAACAAGUGCCCUUGGCACCGAAUCAAUCUUCGGAAUUUGUAUGAUACAGCCUUUUUUUUCAUGCAGCUGCACGAACACACCUUAUCAUGAAACUUCUAUUUGUUUCCACAGUGUGAAAAGUGUGAUGUUGAAGGUGAGGCAAGUGGAGGCAGAGCAAUCAAGUAGAACGCUCUUUAGAUACAGCAGCAAGUCCAAGCUCUUGACAUCUUCUUUUCUGUUCGAUGCGAUAGCUAUUGUUCCGGAAAGCAGGAGAAGUCGAGUCCGUCGUAUAUUAUAUAUUCUGUGUUACACUUCUUACCUAGUACGUUUCCUCUCAAGGUACUUUGCACUAUCGAGGAAGAUGAACGACUCUAGUAGCGUACUAGAUUUUCCUGAUGGUUGGGCAGAAAGGUGUUGUGCAUUGUGCAACAUCCGGAGGAGGUUUUUUUUUCAGGACAACUAGGCCAAACAAUCUUUGCCAAAAAUAUACAGUUCUUCUUCACAUAGCGCUAGUACCACCUUGAUGAGAAGAAGAAGAAGAAGAACCGUUCUCCGAAGGAAUAAUUGCUAUCGCGAGUCCACACGACUAAGUAAGUAGCAAAUAAGAACCAGAGUAAGAAGACGAACACAAGCAGCCCACACUUCUCCCACGGACGCUCGUAAGAGAUGGAAAACGAGCUGCAAGAU